AUGGAUAUCCUUAAUGCUUUUCAUCGUAUACCUCAAAUAAGUUAUUUUGGUGUUCGACGCGAUGACGAUUUUUCGGAUCGUUUAAAUUAUAAGUAUACCGUGGGUUUAUUAAUAUUUUUCUCAAUUGUUGUCGCUAGUAAACAAUUUUCCAAUGAUCAUAUUCAAUGCUGGGUACCAGCGAUAUUUACACGAAAUUAUGAAAUUUAUGUAUCAAAUUAUUGUUGGAUUCAUAAUACUUAUCAUAUCAAUAUAAGUGAACCGAGCAUACAACGAGUCAGUGAAAAACGUUAUGUAUUACGAUACUAUCAAUUUGUUCCAUUUAUUUUACUUAUACAAGCAUUAUUAUAUUUACUUCCACGUUUAUGUUGGCGUUCGUUCAGUCGUCAUUCAGGUAUUGAUGUAAAAAAUCUCAUGGAUGCAGCACAGAAUCUUAAAAGUGUGAAACGUUUUCAUAAACAUAAAUCCAUCAUGAAUUAUCUUGUCUCAGUAAUUCAUCAAUAUGUUGGUGAUCCACGAAAAAAAUCCAAACAAGAACAUAGCCGUCUCAAUGCUUAUAUAAAAGGUUUAUUUCAUUGUCUAAUUGGUGCAACAAACACAUUUAAUGCCUAUUUAUUUUUUCUUUAUUUAUUUAUUAAAUUAUUAUAUAUUUUAAAUGCGCUUAUUCAAUUGUAUGCUAUACGUGUUCUACUUGCACAAAAAUGGACUGUUGACGAAGCAAUACAAGGUUUUCGGCAAAUAUUUACAAUGACUAUGUUACGUUCGAAUCCCCUAUCAAAAUAUUUUCCUAAAAUUAGUAUGUGUGAUUUUCGUAUUAUCGAACCGAAUAGUGAAGAAGGACACAAAUAUACAGUUCAAUGUGUGUUAACGAUUAAUAUUUACAACGAACAGAUUUUUAGUGUAUUGUAUAUGUGGAUGAAUUUUGUUCUUGCAGUGACUGUUUAUAAUUUUUUAUCUUGGCUAAUAUUUUUACUUUUUCCACGUCUCCGUUAUUCAUUUUUUACACAACGCAUAAAUACGCAACAUAGUGUAGCGACAGUGCGUACAAGUAUGCGCGUAUUUAUUUAUGAUUAUUUACAACAUGACGGAUUUUUUAUUCUUCGUCUUAUACAUUCAAAUGUGGGCGAUGAUGUUACGACGACUCUUUUAACAAAUCUAUGGAGGAAUUUUCAACGUUCUGAUAAACUUACAGCAGCUGAUAAUUUACUUGGUGCUACUGUUUCGUUAACGGCAAUUGGAAAUCGAGGUGUAAAUAUGAGAAACGAUGGUCAAAAUGGUUCAUUAUUUGACUAUUCUAAAACCAGUACAAAUCUUUAA